AUGUUUUCCCCGUUGAGGCUCUUUAAACGAGCGGUAUCAAGAAUACCACCUGUAAAAUUACAGUACAAGAAUAUGCUAAAAGAUCCUAGUGUCAAAUAUCCACCCCCCAAAAAAAUCCAACUCAAGAAUAGAGAAUGGCCCGAGAAAGUCCUUACAAAAGCACCAAGGUGGUUAUCUACAGAUUUGAGAGAUGGCAAUCAAUCACUACCUGAUCCGAUGUCCAUCUCGGAAAAGAAGGAGUAUUUCCAUAAAUUGGUCGAUAUAGGGUUCAAGGAAAUUGAAGUGAGCUUUCCCCUGGCAUCGCAAACCGAUUUUGAUUUUACGAGAUACGCAGUGGAAAAUGCUCCAACAGACGUUACUAUCCAAGUCUUGACUCAAUCCAGGGAACCUUUAGUUAGAAGAACCAUUGAGAGUGUUAAAGGCGCCAAAAAGGCAAUAAUUCAUAUAUAUUUGGCAACAUCAGAUGUUUUUCGCGAAGUUGUCUUUGGCAUGUCACAACCUGUAGCCAUUGCAAAGGCUGUGGAAAUCACAAAGUUGGUCAGAAAAUUAACUAAAGAUGAUCCAACAAUGCAAGAAACGGAAUGGAACCUAGAAUUUUCACCAGAAUGUUUUUCAGAUACACCAGUUGAAUUUGCUGUUGAGAUCUGUGAAGCUGUGAAAAAAGCUUGGGAACCAACAUUGGAAACUCCAAUGAUUUUUAAUUUACCUGCAACUGUAGAAGUUUCUGGUCCAAAUGUGUAUGCUGAUCAAAUUGAAUACUUUUGUAAACAUAUAACCGAGCGUGAAAAAGUUAUUGUUUCAGUACAUUGUCAUAAUGAUCGUGGUUGUGGAGUUGCCGCUACCGAGUUGGGCUUAUUAGCAGGCGCAGAUCGUGUGGAAGGAUGUAUUUUUGGAAACGGUGAACGUACAGGAAAUGUUGAUUUGGUGACUGUGGCUUUGAACUUGUAUACUCAAGGUAUUGCUCCCAAUUUGGAUUUCAGUGAUAUGGAAUCGAUUAUUGAUGUAAGUGAACGUUGUAAUAAGAUUCAAGUGCACCCAAGAGCACCAUAUGGAGGAUCUUUGGUUGUUUGUGCAUUUAGCGGAUCUCAUCAGGAUGCUAUUAAAAAGGGAUUUGCAUAUGAGAGAGAUGACGCAAAAUGGGCUAUACCUUAUCUACCAUUAGAUCCAAAGGAUAUAGGUAGAACAUAUGAAGCCGUGAUUAGGGUUAAUUCGCAAUCCGGUAAAGGAGGAAGCGCAUGGAUUAUUCUUAGAUCACUUGGAUUAGAUUUACCAAGACAGUUGCAAGUUUCAUUUUCAUCGCUAGUUCAAGAAAAAGCCGAUAAACUGGGAUGUGAAUUACAGACUAGCCAAAUUGUUGAUCUUUUCAAAAAUGAGUACCUUAUAGAAUCACCAUUGCAAUUGACUGAAUUUGAAAUUACAAAGGGUAAGAAUAAUUCGUCGAGAGAGAUUUUUGCUCAAUUGAAAUCACCAUCAUCAGCUAAUGGUAUCACUUUAUUCGGAGAAGGAAAUGGACCAAUUUCAUCUUUUAUCGAUGCAAUUUCCAAAAGAUUCGGUAUAUUGUUUGAAGUUGUUAAUUACCAAGAACAUUCAUUGGGAAGUGGAUCUAGUUCAAAAGCAGCAACUUAUGUACAAUUGAGCUAUAUUGAUGCUACAGGAGAAACAGUUUCGAGAUGGGGAUGUGGCAUUAAUCAUGAUGUCAGUCAAGCUUCAAUUGAAGCCAUUCUUAGUGUUGUCAACUCAUUAGUCAAUCAAGGUAAAAUAAAACUUUAA